AUGUCUCUGCUUCUUAGCAUGCGGCUCUCGAGGCUCCGCCUAGGGAAUCCCGCUCUUCUUACUCUCUCUACUAGCUUCUCAUCAACUUCCUUGCUGCAAACCCCUCCUUGUUCCAUCAUCGGCGCUACUAAAUGUGGAGGGGUUCUAGGAAAACUCAACGUUAGAUAUGCUAAUCACCGUAGUAGCACUGUUUUGGAAAAGAAGGUUCCCCUGGAGUUGGUGAUGAAACUUAACGAUGAGAUGGUAACGAUCGGAGCAUCUCACGGCUGGAUAGCUACUUACGAUAGGGAAGACGAAGUUCUGCGUCUCCAAGACGAUCUCAACCCUGCUGCAUCGGAUACAGAUCCCAAACGUAUUCCCCUGCCUUAUCUUGUUACUCUGCCUCAUUGCCAAACCGAGAUUAUCACCAACGUGUCAAUGUCCACACCUUCUCCAGAGGAUGAAGACUGUAUUGUGGCUGUCAAGUUCUGUGGACCUCAACUCAGCUUUUGCAAACCCUCUCAAAGUAAACCCAAGUGGCACAACAUCAGGUUCGAUAACCCUUGUUUUUACUCCUCCCGUAUCAUGUUUUCCAAGAAAGACAACAUGUUUCGCAUUCCCGGAUCUGGAGGCCAUUUAAUCGCAUCAUGGGAUCUCCUUGAACACAAGCGCAAACCCAUGCUUCAGAAGGUGCGUUAUCAAAACCUUUCCGAGCUGACAGAGACCAAACGGGAGCAUCUGUAUUCGUGCUUCACAAGCGACCACUUGGUGGAGUCAGAAUCCACCGGUGAAACGUUCUUGGUUAAGUGGUACCAGAAGACUGCUGAGAUCGUCGACGGUGUUGCGAAAAUGAAAAGAAAAGAUGUAUUGGUGUUCAAGCUUGACGAAGAAGGAAACGCGGUUUACACAAAAGACAUUGGAGAUCUUUGCAUGUUCCUCUCAAAGUCUGAACCUUUCUGUGUCCCUGCUACUUCUUUUCCUGGCAUGGGCUCAAACAACGUCCUAAUCUGGGAUGUGGACGGAAUCACAGCGUUGGAUCUGGAUGGUUUCAACCCCAUCAUUUGUACUAUUGGCCGAAUCUCGGCCCCUUUCCACAUCCCACCUCAAAAUGUAAACUAG